AAAGUUUUUCAAAAACCACAACCGAUAUGAUAUGCCGCAUACAUCGAUCAGUUCGUGAUCGUUCGUUGAAGAGUGAUAUAUUAUACAUUUCGGAACGCUCAGCGAGGCUCACGACAAUGGAACCGAACUACAGACUCCUCAAAAUUAUUCUGUUGAGCCUGUUGUGCACCGCUCAUUGUCAUGACCGCCUAUUUAAAAUCAGGGUACUGAAAGACGAUUUGCUUGAGGUGUGCAAGGCCGCUGGAUUCAAAAGCCGUCCAGAGGGAUCACGUAGACCAGCAUCAGCAGAACCUAGAGUUCUACAAGAGCUGUUAAAAACACACUCAACAGCUUGGACAGAAACAGUACCGUAUACAGAUACCUCAUCAGAAUCACCAUCGACAGUUGACCCAGAGGAAGAAUUAUCUACAGCUUGGACAGAAACAGUACAGUAUGCAGACGCCUCAUCAGAAUCACCGUCGACAGCUAAUCCAGAAGAAGAAAUAUUUACAGCAUGGACAGAAACACUACCUUAUACAGAUACCUCAUCAGAAUCACCGUCGAUAGCUGACCCAGAGGAAGAAAUAUCUACAGCUUGGACAGAAACAGUACAGUAUACAGAUAACUCAUCAGAAUCAGCAUCGACAGCUGACCCAGAGGAUGAAAUAUCUACAGCUUGGACAGAAACAGUACCUUAUACAGAUACCUCAUCGGAAUCACCGUCGAUAGCUGACCCAGAGGAAGAAAUAUCUACAGCUUGGGCAGAAACAGUACAGUAUACAGAUACUUCAUCAGAAUCACCGUCGACAGCUGACCUAGAGGAUGAGAUAUCUACAGCUUGGACAGAAACAGUACCGUAUACAUAUACCUCAUCAGAAUCACCGUCGACAGCUGUUCUAGAGGAAGAAAUAUCUACAGCUUGGGCAGAAACAGUACAUUAUACAGAUACUUCAUCACAAUCACCGUCGAAAACUGAUCCAGAGGAAGAAAUAUCUACAGCUUGGACAGAAACAGUACCUUAUACAGAUACCUCAUCAGAAUCACCGUCGAUAGCUGACCCAGAGGAAGAAAUAUCUACAGCUUGGACAGAAACAGUACAGUAUACAGAUAACUCAUCAGAAUCAGCAUCGACAGCUGACUCAGAGGAUGAAAUAUCUACAGCUUGGACAGAAACAGUACCUUAUACAGAUACCUCAUCAGAAUCACCGUCGAUAGCUGACCCAGAGGAAGAAAUAUCUACAGCUUGGACAGAAACAGUACAGUAUACAGACGCCUCAUCAGAAUCAGCAUCGAUAGCUGACCCAGAGGAUGAGAUAUCUACAGCUUGGACAGAAACAGUACCGUAUACAGAUACUUCAUCAGAAUCACCGUCGACAGCUGACCUAGAGGAAGAUAUAUCUACAGCUUGGGCAGAAACAGUACAUUAUACAGAUACUUCAUCACAAUCACCGUCGAAAACUGAUCCAGAGGAAGAAAUAUCUACAGCUUGGACAGAAACAGUACAGUAUACAGAUACUUCAUCAGAAUCACCGUCGACAGCUGACCUAGAGGAAGAUAUAUCUACAGCUUGGGCAGAAACAGUACAUUAUACAGAUACUUCAUCACAAUCACCGUCGAAAACUGAUCCAGAGGAAGAAAUAUCUACAGCUUGGACAGAAACAGUACAGUAUACAGACGCCUCAUCAGAAUCAGCAUCGAUAGCUGACCCAGAGGAUGAGAUAUCUACAGCUUGGACAGAAACAGUACCGUAUACAGAUACUUCAUCAGAAUCACCGUCGACAGCUGACCUAGAGGAUGAGAUAUCUACAGCUUGGACAGAAAAAGUAACGUAUACAGCCUCAUUAGAAUCACCGUCGACAGCUGACCCAGAGGAAAAAUUGUCUACAGCUUGGACAGAAAGAGUACCGUAUACAGAUACCUCAUCAGAAUCACCGUCGACAGCUGACUCAGAGGAAGAAAUAUCUACAGCUUGGACAAAAACAGUACUGUAUACAGAUACUUCAUCAGAAUCACCGUCGAGAGCUGACCAAGAGGAAGAAAUAUCUACAGCUAGGACAGAAACAGUGCCAUAUACAGCUACCUCAUCAGAAUCACCGUUAACAGCUGCCCCAGAGAAACAAUUAUUUUCAGUUUGGCCAGGAUUAUUAACGAAUUCAUCCAGUCUAACAGGAAAUACGACAGCUAUAAUUUCCACAACACUACAACCAGCAGAGAAAGUAGUUAGAAAUAACUAUUUAAGUUCAUCUCUUCGCGAAAGAGUGAGAAAAACCUUUAAUCAAUUUAAUCUAAUUUGAUCUAGCG